AUGGCAGGUGAAAUACUCCAUUCACUUAGUCCAAGGUCAAUCAAAAGAGGAAUCUUACAGAACCUCCAAAAGUUGUCUGUUCGAAAGCAAACAACAAAUCCACCACUACCCAAUGAUGGCUCGAACUUCAUCAUAGCACCAGCAACACCUCCGCUCACUGAUGAUUAUCAUGAUUACUUAAACGUCACCAUGGGUAGAGAAUCAAUCUAUGCUUCUGCAACUGACAUUAUGGGAAAUGAAUCGAUUUAUGCUUCAACGGUCGAUACCAUUGCUACUCCACCUUUAACACCUCCAAUUUCUGAAUCGUCAAUUUCUGAAUCACCACUUCCCGGAACUCCAGUCCUAGAACUUCAACAACUAUCUUGGCCCUUACCAGAAACCCUCCCAAGAAUGUUCCUCCGCUCCUCAACCUCGACAACCUUCAGCCUUUUCCCCUUCCUCCCUAAAGAAUUACGCGUCAAGAUCUGGAAAUUUGCGGCCUGCCACCCCCGCAUUGUACACCUCACCUAUGACCACCCAACAGAGUCACUCGUUUCGCUUAGUCCCAUUCCUGCAGUUCUCUCUACCUGCGGCGAAGCGCGCGAUGAACUCCUCCCUCUCUUCAAACAGUUGGCUCUCCCACCUUCAGCAUGUGGGGCUAGAAUUUACGUAGAUCUCGAUGUUGAUACUGUUUAUAUUCGACGAGCUGCAACUUCUAUUGAAGACGUGAGUCCUUAUACUAGUAAUUUCACGACUACCAAGGCGAUCUUUGGGGCCAAUGAUUCGGCGGCUCGUCAUCCAUUGAGUGAUGUUAAACAUCUUGCAAUCGAUUCUUCACUUAUUGAUUCACCAAUCGAACUCCGUCUCCUCUGGGGCGAUUGGAGUCAUCGUUCCAAGUCCUCGGAUUUAAAAUUGAGGGAGCUGAAAACCCUUAAAAUUGUUUAUGCGCCCAUUUGUAAGAGACCUGAGUUGAGAAGGAUCCGAGGAUAUCCGCAGAUUAGUUACAAUUGGGAGAAUAAUGGUGUUGAGAGUUUCAGCAUCUUGUCGAGAGAAGACACAUGGGAGCGUUGUCGUCAUCAUCCUAUUGAUAACGGAGAAUGGAUGACAGAACCUUCCUCUUCUCCUCGAGUUUUCAAUUAUAGGCAAGGAGUGUUUGUGCAACAGGACCCGGAGUUCUUGAGCAGAGAUCAUGUUUGCGAUAAUAAUUGGGAAGGAAGGGCAGAGAAGUAUUUCGACUGUCCGGGUUGUCAUGAAUACAUGAGUUUGGGCGCGUAUAGAGCUUACAUGAAUAUGAUGGAACGCGAUGUCGUGGGUUGGAGAAAACCGGAGUUUGAGGGGGUUGUGUAUGAGAGGGAGACGGGGAGAGAUCUGGAGUCUUAUUUGUGGGAUUGAUGUUAGUGUCAAUUCUGUUUGAGAAUUUGGGGGAUGGGAGAUGAAAGGGAGCAGGGUUUUGGGAGGACAACAGAUGAGUGAUGAAGGAUAAUUGAGGAUGACUAGGAGAUAAGAUUGGGGAUACAAGGACUUCGACGGCUUGUAAGAUUAUAUUGUCUUUUACGGAUUUUAACUUGUUGCAAAAAAGUUUCAUCGAUCAAGGAUUUGAUAGACGGAUCGAUAGACGGAGAGAGAAAAAGAGACUUAUGAAUUGAUUCUCCAUACGACUUUACGACUUUACGAAAACAUAGGCGUUGGAGCGAGGAUACUUCGACUGUUUAUACAUAUUACACAUGCUACAUAUGUAUAGACGGAACGAUUUUCCACUUUCAUCCCCCCCACUUACUACGAAAUUACAAAUAUCACGAUAGUGCAGAAAAUUCUGCAGGUUCCAGGAGGAUAUACAAGAUGUAUCUUACCUAGAGACAGAGAGAGAGGUUCAUAGGAUACAGAGAAAAUGUAAUGGUUAAUUCUGCUGCUUGCAGCAAGAUAGCGAGGGAUUUCAUAAUCUUGGUGUACAUAGCUAUUUCCAUAGAAGAAUGCAUUGGCUUUCAUUGCCUACUUUA